AUGUCGGGCGACGGGGGUUACGCUCCCAAGUCUCCGGACCUGUCAUCCUUUUUCUCGGAUCCGGCACCACCAACUCAGCAACAUCAACAUCACCAACAGCAGAUCCCUGCGUACCACCAGCAGCAACAGUACGGCCAGCAGCCUUCCUACCCGCCCCAGCAGCACGUACAGUCUCCCGUACAGCAGGGCUACUACCAACCCCCACCACAACACUACUCCACCGCACACCAGCCGCCGCCGCCGCCGCCGCCGCCCCACAACCUGGGCCAGUUGUCGUCGUUUCUGCAGUCACCGCCACAGCAGCCGUCGACAUCACCACAGCCGGGUCACCAGCAGCAGCAGCAACGGCAGUCGCAGUCCUAUUACGUUCCACCGGGCCAGUCUGCGCAGCCGCCGUACUACCAGGGCUACUCUGUUCCUCCAUACCAGCAGCAGCAGCAGCAGCAGCAGCAGCAGGAUCUCUUUGCAAACGACUCGUAUCAAAGCGACCCGUUUUUGGCGUUGCAGCAGCAACCGGGACAACAGCCGCCCUACGACCGGCCGCAAAACUACGCGCAGCCCGCAUCGCCCACCCCGAAAACAGAGGGGAUGCCGCCACGAAGAUCAGCCGCCGCCGCAGCGGGCGGACCAGGACCAGGACCAGGACCAGAUGCUGCAGGCUCGCUGGCAGCCCCCGUGGGCGCAGCGCCACCUGUAGCUCACGUUGUUCUCACGUCACCCGUACGCACCAAGUUCCCGACGGCCCGCAUCAAACGCAUCAUGCAGGCGGAUGAAGAAGUCGGCAAGGUGUCCCAGCAGACGCCGAUUGCCGUUGGCAAGGCCCUGGAGAUGUUCAUGGUGAACCUCGUGUCCAAGAGCGCCGAUGUGGCGCGCACCAAGAACUCGAAGCGCGUGACAGCGCAGAUGCUCAAGCAGGUUGUGGAGUCAGACGACCAGUGGGACUUUCUCCGGGACAUUGUGAAGAAGGUCGACCCGGAGGAGAAGCACGGCCGUGGGCCGCGCAACAGCACGGGCGGCCAGGGCGCGGCCGGCGGUGAUGCCAACAGCGGCGGACCCGCCAGCGGGACGAAGCUCAAGUUUGAGAGUGACAGUGGGGACGAGCAGCCGAAGAAGCGCGGGCGUCCUGCCCGGAAGAAGAAGGUAUAG